AUGGAUGCUCAAAUUAAGGCGUGUGUUAGCGAGCGCAAGGCGUUCAAAACCAAAUUAACUCUUCUUAGAAAGUUCGUAAAUGCAUUUGAUGCCANUAAGGUGCAAUCACAAAUAGAGUCAUUAAAUUUAGACGAGGCAACUGAAAAAUUACAAUUCGAAGAACGGGAAAAUUUUGAAACAGCAUAUUUCAGUGCUAUGUCCAUCGCGGAGAAACAUAUUAGAAAUUCAAAGGGUCCAGAGCAGAUCGCAGUUGCAACUAGUGCGAGUGGAUCUCUAGUUCCCUCCGAUAUAUCAUUUACACCGCGACUUCCAGUAAUAAAUUUGCCGACGUUCGAUGGUAAUGUCAGUCAAUGGAUUCGUUUCCGAGAUACUUUCAUAUCAUUAGUACACAAUUCUGACAAAUUAACAGAUAUCGAUCGUUCCAAUUACUUAACAUCCACUCUAAAGGGUAGCGCCGCACGAAUGAUAGAGUCAUUGGGUGUCUCCGCGGAUAAUUAUAAACUUGCUUGGUCCAGACUGAAGGAACGUUACGAGGAUCCUAAGGCAUUAGCUUACUAUCAUGCCAACUCUUUGUUAGAAAUUUCGCCAGUGAAAAAACAAAAUGGUGAGGCACUUAGUCGAUUCAUCGAUAGUGCCACCAAUCAUGUAAACGCCCUAGAAUCUCUCAUGACCCCAGCUAAAGCGUGGGACGUCAUAAUUAGUGUUCACCUAGCUAAACGAAUUGACUCCGCGACAUUAGACGAAUGGGAGAAACGUUCAAUGGAAUCACCUCAGAGACUCACAUUUCGCGAUUUUUCUAAAUUCAUAGAGCAGCGUGCACAAUAUCAGAUACGAAAACAAUCCGAUAAGUCGCAUUCAGAAAGUGUUUCUACAAUAACUCAGAAUAAAUCAAAGGAUAAUCGGCAACGACCUGUAACAUCAGCAUAUCUCGCGAAUAUAAAAUCUUCUUGUCAAUUAUGCAACGAUGAACAUGCUCUUCAAUAUUGCACAAAAUUAAAGGCCACGCCUCAUCCCGAACGGCAUGAAACAAUUAAACGUUUGCAAGUCUGUUUCAAUUGUUUGCGAUCGGGACAUAGUGUUAAAAAUUGCACCCGCGGUUUGUGUAGAAAAUGCAAUAAAAAACACCAUACAUUGCUUCAUAAAGAAGACGUAAACAUAGAAAAUGACCCCGUGAUUCUCAAUCAGGAAUCAGCUCCAUCGACUGUUCAAGCAUGCGUAUCAAAUGUUAAACGUUCUCUUGCGGAAUACACUGUUUUAUCAACAGCAGUAGUUUACAUUCAUGAUAAAAGGGGUAAUAAGCACAAAUGCCGAGCCCUAUUAGAUGUUGGUUCACAAGCUAAUUUUAUCACCGAAGAUCUUUGUAAUAAGCUAAAUCUUCCACGUACUCUACUUGACACAACGGUUAGUGGUCUAGGUAGAUCAGCCAACCCCAUUCAAUCUAUGGCAUAUAUAACAAUCGCGUCGCAAUGUAACAGCUUCCAAUCAACAAUGUCCUGCCUCGUAAUAAAGAACAUAACUGAGAAAAUGCCUAACAUCCCUUUAGACAAAUAUCACGUUGAUAUACCAGCCGGCGUAACUCUUGCAGACCCUAAUUACCAAAUUCCAGGUCGAAUUGAUCUCUUGAUCGGCGCUGGACUUUUUUGGAAGCUAUUAUGCAUCGGGCAGCAUAAGCUAGGUUCGGGAGAUUUAGUUUUGCAGAAGACGCGCCUCGGAUGG